UUAAACAUGGGAAGACAAACUAGCAUGUUCACUAGAAUCAUCGUCUUGACGAUGAUGUUUCUUUCAUUUCGGGUAUGUUUGUGCAGUUCCACAGACACAAUUACCUUCGACCAACCUCUCAAAGACGGGGAUUUAUUAAUCUCCAAUGCAAAAUCUUUUGCUCUCGGCUUCUUCACCCCCGGGAAGAAUUCCACCGGCGGCAAGCGAUACGUCGGAAUUUGGUACCGAAAAAUACCAGACCAAUUGGUUGUUUGGGUUGCUAACCGGAACAACCCCGUCAACGGUACAUCCGGAAUCCUCUUCAUCGACAGCACCGGAAAUCUUGUCAUCCAAGACAACAAAACCAAUGUUUCUGUCUGGAGCACAAGUCUUUCUUUUCCGACCACGGGGAUAAACCUAAAAGCUUAUUCUGCUAAGCUACAAGAAACUGGGAAUCUGGUUCUGUAUCAUGACCACCCGGAUAGCCGGGCCACUCCAUGGCAGAGUUUCGAUUAUCCCACAAAUACAAUACUCCCGAACAUGAAAAUCGGAGUGGACAAGAAAACUGGCCUGGAGCGGUUUGUUACGUCGUGGAAGUCGCCGGACGAUCCUAGCCCCGGCGAGUAUGUACUGAGAUGGGAGCUGAAAGGGAUGCCUCAGUCAAUUGUGUACAAGGACAAAACCCAGCCGGUGUGGAGAAUUGGGUCAUGGAAUGGAGUUAGAUGGAGCGGCAUUCCCGAAAUGACUUCAAACAUCAACUCCUACAUCUACAUCGAAAACCAGGACGAGGUCUCCAUGCAGUUCUUGACAAUGGACCCGUCUGUAUAUACAAUAGUAAUGGUAAACGAAUCCGGGGCUUUCAGUAAGAUCAUAUGGCAAGGAGAUGAUGAAAUGAAGAGAUGGGUCGGGAUUUGGUACUUCCCCCAAGACAACUGUGACUUUUAUGCUCACUGUGGUUCUUUCAGCGUUUGCAAUGCCCAAAAUCUGGAGGGAUUUCCCUGCAAAUGUCUCCCUGGGUUUAAGCCCAAGUCAAGCAAGGAAUGGGGAAUGGGAGACGGAAGAAAUGGGUGCCAGAGGAAUAACACAGAGGUGUGCCAUAACGGUGAGGGGUUCGCGAGACUGGAGAGCAUGAAGAUCCCAGACACUGAGACGGCGGAGGUGAACAGAGGGAUAGGGUUGGAAGAAUGCAAGGAGCGUUGUUUGAACAACUGUUCAUGCACGGCGUAUGCAAGCUCGAAUAUUAGCUAUGGAGGAAGUGGAUGCAUCACUUGGUAUGGAGAGUUGAUAGAUAUGAGGGAGUUCACCAAAGGAGGCCAAGAUAUGUAUAUUCGAGUCUCUGCAUCUGAUUUAGCUCAACCUGUAAAGAAAUCUAAAGGGCUUGGUGAGAAAAGGCUCACGGCCACUGUGAUUGUGCCCAUUGCUGCAGUCAUUCUUGUGCUCUUUUGUUUUAUACUGAAAAUCAGAGAAGGUAAAAAACCACCAAGUAAUACCACAAGUAGUUUGUUAUCCGACGAAGGAACCGCAGAUGUGUUAACCUUUGAUUUCAACACCAUUGAAGCUGCCACUGAUAACUUCUCUGAAGAUAAUAAACUCGGAGAAGGCGGAUUUGGUUCUGUUUACAAGGGUAAGUUGCAAAAUGGACAACUUUUAGCUGUCAAAAGACUCACAAGAACUUCACUUCAAGGGAUAGUAGAAUUCAAAAAUGAAGUAAUGCUAAUAGCGAAACUCCAACACAGAAAUCUUGUGAGGCUUUUAGGAUGUUGCGUUCAACAAGGGGAAAAGAUGUUGGUGUAUGAGUACUUGCCUAACAAAAGCCUCGACAGUUUCAUCUUCGAUAAUAGAGAGGGGAUGUCUUUGGAUUGGAGAAAGCGUUUUGAAAUUAUCUCGGGAAUUGCUCAAGGGAUAUUAUAUCUUCAUCAAGAUUCUAGAUUAAAAAUCAUUCACAGGGAUUUAAAAGCUAGCAAUGUUUUGUUAGAUGCCUCCAUGCAACCAAAAAUAUCGGAUUUCGGAAUGACUAGAAUUUUUAAAGAAGAACAGGUUGAAGCAAACACAAAUCGAGUAGUUGGAACAUAUGGUUAUAUGUCACCGGAAUAUGCAAUGGAGGGUCACUUUUCUAUAAAAUCAGAUGUAUUCAGUUUCGGUGUUUUGAUGUUGGAAAUUGUUUGUGGGAAGAAGAACAAAUACAAGCGCAACGAAAACUCUUUGAAUUUAAUUGGAGAUGUAUGGGAUUUAUGGAAUGAAGAAAGAUCAAUGGAAAUAGUGGAUUCAUCAUUAGGGGAUUCGGAUGAUGGUCGAGAAGUUUUGAGGUGUAUCCAUGUCGGUCUAUUGUGUGUUCAACUAUAUCCAGAUGACAGACCAAUCAUGUCAGAAGUGAUUUUCAUGUUAAGUAAUAAUAUUGAACUCGCUCGUCCUAAACCACCAGGAUUUAUAUUCAAUCAAGAGAAUACACAUGCUCCAUUCUCAUAUUCUACAAGUAACGGUGGAAAUCAAUCAAUUAAUACUAUGUCAAUUACUGAACUCGUAGGUCGUUAAACAAUCCUUAUACCAUGGACCAGGGUCCACAGUGCAGUGUGAACCCUGGUGCAUGUGUAUGUCUCUAAAUAUUGUGAAUUUUAUUUCUUGUGUUAUGAAAUCUGUAUUUUAUGAGUAUGAAUUCCGUACUUGAAACAAAUUAGUAAUUAUGUAUUAUGUUAUGAAUUUUUGUGUCUUGUGUUGUGAAAUUCAAACCUAUGAACAUAA